CUCCCGCUUCCGGUGUCAUGGCGGCCUGAGGUCCCGGGAGUCGGUACGGCCUCUGCGAGCCCCUCCCUGCGGAGCGGCGGGUCCGGGCGGGGAUGUGACGGCGGGAGCCGCGGGCCUGCCUGGCGCGUCGUGUCGGCUCGCGUGUCCUCGCCCCAGCCUGUACCAUGGCGGGGUCCGGCUGCGCCUGGGGCGCCGAGCCGCCGCGCUUCCUGGAGGCCUUCGGGCGGCUGUGGCAGGUACAGAGCCGCCUGGGCAGCGGCUCGUCGGCUUCGGUGUACCGGGUGCGCUGCUGCGGCAACCCGGGCUCGCCCCCCGGAGCCCUCAAGCAGUUCCUGCCUCCGGGAACCACCGGGGCUGCGGCAUCAGCCGCGGAGUAUGGUUUCCGCAAAGAGAGGGCAGCGCUGGAGCAGUUGCAGGGUCACAGGAACAUCGUGACUUUACCAUACCAUGGAGUCUUUACCAUACACUUACCUCCAAAUGUGCCAUCACGCUGUCUGUUGCUUGAACUCCUGGAUGUCAGUGUUUCGGAAUUGCUUUUAUAUUCCAGUCACCAGGGUUGCUCCAUGUGGAUGAUACAGCAUUGUGCCAGAGAUGUUCUGGAGGCCCUUGCUUUCCUUCACCACGAGGGCUAUGUCCAUGCAGACCUCAAACCACGAAACAUUCUGUGGAGUGCAGAGAAUGAGUGCUUUAAGCUUAUUGACUUUGGACUUAGCUUCAAAGAAGGCAAUCAGGAUGUAAAGUAUAUUCAGACAGACGGGUAUCGAGCUCCAGAAGCAGAACUGCAAAAUUGCUUGGCCCAGGCUGGCCUGCAGAGUGAUACAGAAUGUACCUCAGCUGUUGAUCUGUGGAGCCUCGGAAUCAUUUUACUGGAAAUGUUCUCAGGAAUGAAACUGAAACAUACAGUCAGAUCUCAGGAAUGGAAGGCAAACAGUUCUGCUAUUAUUGAUCAUAUAUUUGCCAGUAAAGCAGUGGUGAAUGCCGCAAUUCCAGCCUAUCACCUCAGAGACCUUAUCAAAAGCAUGCUUCAUGAUGACCCAAGCAGAAGGAUUCCUGCUGAGAUGGCAUUGUGCAGCCCAUUCUUUAGCAUCCCUUUUGCCCCUCAUAUUGAAGAUCUGGUGAUGCUUCCAACUCCAGUGCUCAGACUCCUCAAUGUGCUAGAUGAUGAUUAUCUUAAAAAUGAAGAUGAAUAUGAAGAUAUUGUAGAAGAUGUCAAAGAGGAGUGUCAGAAAUAUGGACCAGUGGUUUCUCUGCUUGUUCCAAAGGAAAAUCCUGGCAGAGGACAAGUCUUUGUUGAGUACGCAAAUGCUGGGGAUUCCAAAGCUGCUCAGAAAUUGCUGACUGGGAGGAUGUUUGAUGGAAAGUUUGUUGUGGCUACAUUCUACCCGCUGAGUGCCUACAAGAGGGGAUACCUGUAUCAAACCUUGCUUUAAUUAGUAACCUAAGGACUAUUUCCUGUUUCUCCUCUUCCAUUUCUUGGAUAUUCCACAGCUGAAUGCAGGAGCACCCCUUCACCCAUUUUAAAGGGUACCUUGUACAUUUAUUUAAUCCUACUAAUGUGCAGCCAUUGCCCAAACAGUGACUGCAUUGCAAACAUUGGCAUUGAGUAGGACAAGACCUCUCAGCUAUACAUUGAGGGGGUUAGAGCACCCAUGUGGGCACCCUUAACUUGUGCAGUAGGGCAGGAGCUGCUCUUUAGUAUGUAACCUAAAGAGAUGUCAUUUCAUGUGAUGAUGAAGCAAUGAUGAGUAAUUUGUCAUAGUGAAUAUUAUUAACAAAUUUGUUAGGGUUGGUGACAUCACAGAUUAUUUGUUUGUAUUGUCAGGUGUAUCUCAUUGUUAUUCUAGCUGGCACUGGAUGCUCUAAUAAUGUUAAGUCAUUGUCAAGCAGCAGUUACCUACCGUGUUCUUAACAAUGAGUUGUGAAUUUUUCUAAGGGAGUACUGUAGAACUUAAUAUUCCUCUGAAGAAACUGCAGUGAGCCUAUCAAUGUUUUUAAAAUUACUAUUAAGGCUUUUACAAUAGAAAGCUGAUGCUUGAUCUUGCACAAUUUUUAUGUCUAGUAUGUGUGCUUGAGUGGGUGUGCAGGUGUGAAAGAAUAGAGAAAUUGGAGUCAGUGUACUUUAUAGUGUGAGUUUUGUGAGCUAAUACAGUCUAUAACCAUUUCUUCCUGCCUGUUUCACACUUGUGAGACUUGACAAACAGGUUUCUCGAACGUUGGUCUGACUGAUAGAAUGUAAAUGACAGAAAGUACAGAACAGAACAAACUGGAGUCUAGACCAGGGUUACACUGAAACUCUUCCGAGUGACUGGAACAAAGAAGGUUUUGUACAUGUCAAUUAUCCCAGUCUUUGGUCUACUUUAGACCCAAGAUUAACUCAUCUUGUUUUGUACUGAACCUCUUGUGAUAAUUGUAAAAUUUCUUCAGAUGUAGUUUUUUUUUUCUGCUGUAAUGGGAAAUUGAGGUGGAUCAGAAAAAAGUUUGUUGUACAGUGAAGGGAAAAGAGAAAAGUGCAAAGAAGGUAGUCAUGGAUCCUUUCCUCCUCUGUGUCCCCCGCUGCCCUGCACCUUCAUCCCUUGUCCCCUUUGCCUCUGUCUGCAGCUGGAGGGCUUUUGAUUGUAACGGAGUAAAGAAAGGUUGGGAUAUUAUGAGGUGGAAGUAGAAAGGAAUCAAAACUGAGUUUCUAAAAGCUCUGUAGUGAUCUGAUGUGUCCUUGAUUAGAGGGCGCCUGUUCUCGUGAGUUUGUGGGCACAGAUGGACUGUGGCUUGAGGAUUGUGAGCGUGGAUUCUUCUUAUUCUGUAGUGGGUUGCUUUGAAAGCUGUAACUUAGUAAAGCACUGGAAGUACAGAAUAACCCACAGCCUGUACACCAGUUUGGAAUUUUCCCUGUCUCCUUACCUAAAUGAAAGUUUUAUUUAUUUAUUUUUCCUUAGGAAAGAGCAUGUGUCUUUCCCUGACAGCAGCCUGCUUAUAUAGUCUUCUCGUGUCCAAGCCAUGUACACUCCUGAAAGCUCCAUUACAAUUUGCAUUUUAAAGGAUGAGUUAUUUUACCCUGUUGAAAAAUACAUUGUCCAACAUUUGUUAGUAAAAUCAAAUUAUUCAGAGCUCCCUCUUAUGAAGUUAAAUUUGUUUUAAGGGGAUUACGUCAUAGUCUUACAUCAUGGUUCCUGAUAUGUUACUUAGAUAGAAGGCUCUUUCAGAAUUGAUUGGGUGGUUUUCAAGUCAGAAUUAGAGAGCAUGUACUGUGAAGCCCUUUGCUUUCCUAGAGCAUAAAUAUUUACAUCAGGGACUGCUUCUGUGGUCACAGGGUACAAGUGAGUUCUUUGGAAGAGCAAGUAUGGUUGACAUAUGUUCCCCUGUCUCACAAAAAAGAUCCUUGCAAAUAAACUUCAUAUAGGCUUCCAAGCUCUGUCGGGUGGAUGCUGCUGACAUUUCUGCACUUAUCCUUCUGUAAUCCUCAUCAGUGCAAAUGUACUCAUAAAUGUGUGUUGUGUUUGACUCUGUAGACUUACUGCAGACGAUGCUAACUUGAUUUUGAGGAAACUAAGGAAGUAAAUGGUGGGCCCAAGUAAAUGUAUUGAAUUAAAUAUUUUAUAUUGAAGCCACAAAAUUGAAAACAAGGCUACCCUCCUAUGAUUUAAACCAUUGUUUGCUAGUUCUUAGCCCAUUUACCAAAGAGGACAGCUGCAUAGUCUCCUUCCUCUGAUACCAUGAGGACUUUCUUAAAUAGGACCAAAUGUUAUAAAAGAUGUAAUUUUCACAAUAAAUAUAUGCACAGAAAUCUUAAUUCUUUGAAGUUAUUAAAAACCUAGAAUUCUUUUACCAGGCAAGGUAAAGAGGAAGGAUUCAUAUUAGCACCUUUUUCUGGGGGCAAAUUUUAUCUCAGGUAGUUUUUCUUUCCCUAUUUUAGUGUUUGUGCUUCCAUCCCUCUUGCCUUCCCACUUCCUUAUUCUUCCAUGGUACUACUCCACUGUGGCACAUGUCCCAGAUCAGGCAUAGGAAGUGAUUGCCCCCUGGGGAAUUUUGCAUUCUUUAGAAGUAUUUGGAGGAGGUGGCUAGUAGCCAUGAUAAAACUCUAAUACUAUAUUUAGAAGAGAAUAGUAGUGUUGGGCACCUCAGUAAGAGGUUUAUUAGCACUGGAUACCCUCCUUCCUUUGUGGCCAUUAGCACAGCAGCUAUCUUUGGGAAAUCUCCCUUUGUGCCGUCUCCUGAGCUAAGUUUACAGCUGCUUUUAGAAUCAUAUGACUAAUAGAGUUUUACUCAUCUGCCUCUGUUUUCAUUGAGAGAAGCACAGCCUUCUCUUUCAUCUAUAGCUGCUAAAGAGUGUUGAGAUAUGUUAACCCUGCCACCAACCAUGCUGCCUCACAGAGAAGUGCAGAAGAAUUGCAGGUGUCUUAUUACACUGGACUUUCCCUCAAGUACGGGCUUCAGCUGCAGAGUAACUUUAAAGGCAGGUUAGACUAUUCAUCAGAACUGUUUCAUGGCUCUUUUGAAUUUGUUGAUCAAAGGCAGGUGGUGAACAGUUUGUUGUCAUUUUUGGUAGUUCUCACUCUGACUUCUUAGGCCUAUUGUACAUAGCAUUGUAUUUUUCAGCAGUUUUUGAAAAUGAGCAUCGUCAUACCCGAUGGUAAUUAGAACAACAUAGUGGGUGAGGGAAUCAGUCAGGGAGACCCUUGUAGCCGUGUGGUCUACCGACUCUCACUGAAAGAGUACGGGCUAGCCUUUUUUUUUUUUUUUUCAGGUUAGGGUACAGGUAGUAUCACAUCGUGACUUUCCAUCUGUUGGAUGUGUAGCUGGCUCAUAUGAGCAAGUGCCUUGUGUUUCCUGGUGAAUAUUAAACCGCAUCUGGGCAAAAGCUCCAGGUGACGACUACACUGUCACUUUUCUUGGAAUAACUUGGAUUGAGUCAUGUGAGUCCAGAAUUUCCUUGGCUUACUUAAAAAGUAUGUAUGUGUAAAACUAUUCCUACUUGAUAUAUCUCAGUAUAGCAUGUGGAUGGAAAGGUCAGUUAUCCAGCACAUCGAAUUCUGAGAUCUCGUUCCAUUUGUUAGGGUUCUUUCCUCAAACCUUAUUGCUCCAGCUCUCUCUAUUUCUUGUGUAAAUUGUGGUCACAUACAGACCAGUCCUUGGUCACUGUUAGCUCAAAAGAAAUCCUGUUUCUUGAGGUGCUCAGCUUUCGCCUUUCUUUUGAGUAGGGGUCUGUGGUCUUUCCACCUGGUGUCCUAACUUCCUCAUAGAACACCCUGAUCUUGAGUCUCUGUCAUGUGGAGCUCAUCUGGGUGUGUUUGGAUUUUUAGAUUCUUAAUCAUGGAGAAGCUUGGAUAUUUUAGUUUUUAGAGUGCCCCCCUCAUUUGUAAUGAAUUUUGAUCCUUUCUUCACGUGAUACCACAGGAUGGAUCAUGAUUAUUGUCCUUCCCAAGAUGGUGUUCACUAUGUCUAAAGUUGUCUGGUGACUAGUGCUUCAUACCAUGACCAGCAGCUGGCAGGUACUAGAUAUUUAAGAAGGUAAACAAUUUAGACUAUUUUUGCUAUGACUUUAAGAAGAAAUGAGCUGUCAAAGAAAUACAUAUAUGCCAGGGAGCAUUUAGAAUAAACAGCUUUUUGGAGACAGGGUUUCACAGUGUAGCCUAGACUGGCCUCCAGCUCAGGAUCUUCCUGUCUCAGCCUCCCAAGUGCUGCUUAUCACAGUGUGCACCAUCAUGCCCAACUCUUGUAGGAAACUUUAUAGAUGAUCAUUAAGGGAAUUUUUCAGGAUAUAAGACAAACACAAAAGUUUACACAAAUUUUGUUAUCCUGAUAAACUAUUAUCUGUAGCUCAGCACUUUCCCUGUUUCUUGUGCUGCUUAUAGGAAUGAUUGCUUUAAAUUUGCUGUAUUUGUGCCUUUCAGAGAGUUAUAACCAAGGCAGUUGUGUUUGUCCCACCAUUCUAAAUGCUGGCAUUGCUGGGAGCCUCAGUAAACAGUUGCAUGAGUAUUAAACUAGGUAGCUGUCACAACAGUGUGAAGAGAAAUUGGUGUGUGUUCUGUGAACGAAGUUUCUAGUGUUUUAAUGAAAAGGCAACAAGACAUGCUCUUACUUGCCUGAGUGACCAUUAAUCUCUGUUGUGCAAAAGACAGCUUUAUUCUACUUCUCUGUAUAAUGAAAGCAAGUUACAUUCUGAGAAGAAAACUGGAAUUGUUUGUUUCUUACUGAGCAACUUGUGUAGACAGGCUACUACCACCUGCAGCCACUAUUAUAAGGGAGUGUACCUCUAGUAAUUCUUCAAGAUCCUCCAUGGGAGGGCUGGGGUUAAGAGCACCGACUGCUCUGCUAGAGGACCUGGGUUCAAUUCCCAGCAUCCACACGGUAGCUCACAACUGUCUAACUCCAGUUCCAGGGAAUCCAACACCCUCACCCAGACGUACUUGGAGGCAAAAACAGCAAUGCACAUAAAAUAAAAAUAAAUAAAAUCCUUGGUUGGAAUCACUUUCCUUUUCUCUGUCAGCUCCUCUCAGAAUCUCUUCAGUUACUUGAAUUACAUUUACUGUGUUAUUUUAUUAGGUGGGUCACCAGAAGGCUGUCAGAGUUAAGAGUAAGGAAGAGAAUGAUUAAUAUGGAUAGAGAAAAGAAGAAAGUGACUCACUUACUGGCGUUAGUUCACAUAACUUCCGCAUACAGUUCACAAUCUAAAAAUCUAGGUUAUUACCUGUAGCAUGAAAACAUUGCCUUUCGGACACAUUCCUCAUCCUUGUUCCCCAGCAGAUUGUUGUCAGGGUUAUGAGGCCAGAUUAAAUAUCCAUAUUGAGUUUGUCCUAAUUUUGUAAAGUAUUUAAUUCCAGCCCUGGGCAUUUGUGCUUUAUUACUAUUGCAAAUUGAGACUCAGAGGAAGCUAAAGGUCAGCAUCUGUCUUCCUUCUGCACAGGAAGUGAGUGGCAUUAGUAUGCACUAACUGCAGAGUUACAGCACUUUGUGAAAAGAAGUGUAAGUACUGUUUAUUAUUAUGUUAAAAACCUUAAUCUUCACAUCUGUAAUUAGCAGAAUAUAAAACUGUCACAUCUUUUCCAUCAGAAUUUAUUUUUCAUUCUUCAUUCUUUUUUGAAAAAUCUUAAAAUACUUUAACAUUCCUUAAUCUUCUUUAAGUAGAUUCAGAUCUGGGGUAGAAGGCUUUUUUCCCCUCCUAAAAAGGGCUCUUAUCUUUUCCAUCUUUUUUGUCACUCCUAGGAAUUCCUUUAUUAUCAAUACCUUUUCAUGGUUUCUGAACUUGAGACUAUGUCGGCACUGGAGUGAAUGGUUCUGAAUAUGAAAACCUACUACUGCUUUCCCUUGCAAACAUGCUUUGGGCAUAGAAGGUCUGGUUAAAAACAUGUGAAAGAUCACCUAACCAAAGCCAGUUCUAAGGCGUGUUGGCUCCUGCUGGGCUACCUUUACCUCAGAGGACAGGAGCACGACAAUGCGCAGCGAGGGGCCGUCUCUGACAGUCUACCCCGUGUUCCAGUAGCGUGUUGGUCUUGGCACUUGUUGAUGCCAUGAUUCUGUUUUUCAUGGUGUUUUACUGCUUGUGAAUGGUUGGUUGGGCUUUUGUUUUUGUUUGUUUGAACUAAGUGAGACUAUAAAUGUAGAUAGAUGUGUUUUAGUACCAAGGUGUUCUUUUUUCAAAUCCCUAAAUUUCUGAUUUCCAUACCACUCUUUCAGACGUCUGUUUUCUUGCUGAUAGCAGAGGACUUUAUCUCCACCUCCCUAUAAAGUGUGAGCACUGUGUUUCAGCGAGCUGCAUUGCGGACUUCUGCUGAAAACUCCUCUGUAAACACAAUUGCCUUGUUGAGUUUUGUUGUGAACUGACUCACCAUGCGAUGCACUGUUGAUAGCUUCCCGAUGUGUGGUGGAUAAGAGUGAUAAAAAUAAAGCUUAU